UCCGCAAGAGAACCAACCCCGAGCCCGAGAAAAACAAGAAAAUAAUACACAAUUGGCGACGGUGGUGCAGAGGUUCUCCGUGUGAUCCGAUCGAACGGAAAACGGGACUAGGACUAGGACUAGGACCAGGAUUAGGGCUAAAUCCCAUCGGGAGUGAUGGCCGGCGACAUGUCCAUCGGCUGUGCGGCCCUCAAGCGAUCCAGCAAGCUGAGGUCCUGCACCAGUGCCGCCGACACGGACUCGAUGCGGGUGCCCAGCGACCACAGGGACAACGGCAGUCUGGUGAAGCCGCCUCCUCCGAUUCAGCCGCAGAACAUGCGAGGUGGUCUGCGGGUCUACAAGAUCGUCAUCCUCGGCGACGGGGGCGUGGGAAAGUCAGCUGUCACCCUUCAGUUCGUGAGCCACAGUUUCCUGGACUACCACGACCCCACAAUUGAGGACUCCUACCAGCAACAGGCGGUCAUCGACAACGAGGCCGCCCUGCUCGACAUCCUUGACACCGCCGGCCAGGUGGAGUUCACGGCCAUGCGGGACCAAUACAUGCGUUGCGGCGAAGGUUUCAUCAUCUGCUACUCGGUCACCGACCGCCACAGCUUCCAGGAGGCCUCCGAGUACCGCAAACUGAUCACCCGAGUCCGCCUUUCCGAGGAUAUUCCCUUGGUUCUGAUCGCCAACAAGGUGGACCUGGAGUCCCAGCGGCGUGUGACCACCGAGGAGGGCAAGAACCUGGCCAAUCAGUUCGGUUGCCCCUUCUUCGAGACGUCCGCUGCACUGCGUCACUACAUCGACGAGGCGUUCUACACGCUGGUCCGCGAGAUUCGGCGCAAGGAGAUGCAGAAGGCCCUGGGCACGGACUCCAAUUCGGAGAAGAUCCACACGGGGCGACGCAGCCGCUGGUGGCGCAUCCGAUCCAUCUUUGCUCUGGUCUUCCGGCGCAGGCGGAACCUUAACUAGAUGGAUUCCCUAGAAACGAGUGCAAUAUUAACCACACAUACGAGUAACUUUUGUUCGCUAUAUAUAUGGUAUA